CGUGAACUCCACAGCUGCAGUUCCUCUUCUGAGAACCACAAGGCCUUGUGUUCCUCCCCAGCUUCCCCUGGGUCCCCCACAACCCUCCUCCACUGCUCUCCACUUCUUCACCCACAGGAAGCCCACACAUCUUCCAUCUCAAAGAUGCUGCCACCGCUUUUUCUGCCCCUGCUGUGGGCAGGGUCCCUGGCUCAGCAUUCAAGAUUCUGGUUGCAAGUGCCAGCAUCCCUGACGGUGCAGGAGGGCCUGUGUAUCUCCGUGCCCUGCAGCUUCUCUUACCCCUUAUCCCUCUUACCCCUCUGGACUGAGUCUUUCCCUGCUCUUGGCUACUGGUUCCGGGAAGGGGCCAGUGUAGAGCAGGAUGCUCCAGUGGCCACAAACAACCCAGGUCGUAAAGUGCAGGAGGAGACCCAGGGCCGAUUCCACCUCCUCGGGGACCCCUGGGACGACAACUGCUCCCUGGACAUCAGAGAUGCACAGAGAAGGGACUCGGGGACAUACUUCUUUAGCGUGGAAAGAGGGCCUUAUAUGAAAUAUAAUUACCUACAGAACCAGCUCUCCGUGCGUGUGACAGCCCUGACCCGCACACCUGACAUCCUCAUCCUGGGGACCCUGGAGUCUGGCCGCCCCGGGAACCUGACCUGCUCUGUGCCCUGGGCCUGUGAGCGGGGCACGCCUCCCAUCUUCUCCUGGAUGUCAGCGGCCCUCACCUCCCUGGGCCCCAGGACCCACCUCUCCUCAGUGCUCACCCUCACCCCACGGCCCCAGGACCAUGGCACCAACCUCACCUGUCAGGUGUACUUCCCUGCAGCUGGUGUGAUGGUGGAAAGGACCGUCCAGCUCAAUGUCACCUGUGCCACACAGAACCCAACAACUGGCGUCUGCCUGGGACACAGACCAGGGAAACUGGGGAUCUGGUCAGGAGUGAUGCUAGGUGCCAUUGCAGGAGCUGGCAUCACCACACUGUUCGCUCUCUGCCUCUGCCUUAUCUUCUUUGGAGUGAAGAGCUGCAGGAGGAGAGCAUCCCGGAAAGCAGUGGGCGUGGACGGCAGCCACCCGGUGGUAGAGCCAGCUCCCUUGGAUUGCCAGCAGCAGUCCAAGUCAGACCUCCCUGCUGACCCCACAAGCUCUGCAGGGGUGCCCCCCACCUUGGAGAUGGAUCAAGAGCUGUAUUAUGCCUCCAUCAGCUUUCACAGGAUGAAGGAGGACACCUAUGCAGAAUAGUCAGAGAUCAGGACCCAGUGAGGAACCUCCUAGAGCAUCAGUCUCAGAGGGAGCAUCCGUACCCUGCAGGAAGUGGGACAAAGGCUGAUUCUUGGCGAGUUAACAUCCACAUAGGCAAUGGGUUUACAAACUCUUGAAUGUGAAUUUCCUGCUAUAUUGGAAUUAAGGCUUUGCAAUCAGAGAGGUCCGGGGUGGAAUCCACGCUCUUUCAUUUAUCAACAGUAUGAUAUAAGGCAAGCCACCUUACCCCUCCAUGACUCAGCUUCCUGCUUUGCGAAAUGGAUGUAAGAAGUCCCACCUCACAGGGUUGCCACGAGGAGUAAAUAAAAGUGCAUAUAGAAAACACCCAGCAGAAGUCCUGCCGCACUGUGAGAGUCUGGUGCACACUAGUUCCUUCCCCCUUGAACAGAAAGAUGUUGGUGACAUUUCACCUAGAGCCUGGGUGUGUUCUGUCUGGGACACCACAUCAGCAAUGCGUCAGUCUCACUUUCAAAACCCUCCCAUGUUGUAAUCAUUUUGCAAUGUAUACAUGUAUCAAAUCAUUACAUUGUAUAAUUUAAACUUACACAAUGUUAUGUGUCAAUUAUAUCUCAAUAAAG